CCGCAUUCUCUGCCGCUCGCCUCUUCGGAAAACCCCAACCUUUCUCUCCUCUCCUCUCCUCUCCUCGAACUCACCUCCGGCCAUGGCCAUGGCGAGACAGAUGAGCAAGAAGGACCUGGAAGUGGUCCUCACGCAGGCCAUGAUGGCCGCCAAGAACGUGCGGGCGCAGCGCGACCGCCUCCUGGAGCUCCACCGCCGCCUGCAGCGCCACAAGGCGGCCGCCCCCGCCCCCGCCGACGCCGACGCCGACGCCAGGCUCGGGGAGCUCGGCUCGGACGUCAUCAAGGUCUACUACCUCGGCCUGGAAGCCGGCGCCAAGAUGCUCGGGAGCUGCGUCGAGAUCGCCGUGGAGAGCAACGCCAUAGCCGCCAUCAACAUUGCCUUCGCGCUCAUGCCCGACGAGCAGCUCUACGAUGCGCUGCUCGCGCAGCGGCUCCCGCCCCGCCCCACCACCCAGGCCCACGCCUUCGCCCGCCUCGAGGCCGCCCUCCUGGCCGUCAAGAUGCUCGAGGAGCACCACCUCCCGCGCUGCGUCGAGUGCCUCGUCGGCGGCCAGGCCCCCGUCCCCGGCAAGCCCGCGCCUGAUGCCGCCUCCGCCGACGCUGAGGGCCUCGCCAACGCCGACCGCCCGGACGCCGCCGCCAAGAAGAGCAGCAAGCCCCGUCGCGCAGCCAGCGGCGACGUGCACAAGGCGCUCGACUACCUGCGCCGCGCAAACAAGAUCACCAACCUCGCCGUGAAGCACAUCGACCACGCUGUCACCGUCCUCUCCCGCUUCGCCGACCCCGAGGAGGUCGCCCGCCUCACCGAGUUGGCCGACAAGCACGCCUACCUCGGAGUUGAGAUUAGCCAGCCCACUACUUCAGCUGACCCAUCAACAGAUUAGCCAGCUUACAACUUCACCUGAUCGAUCGAAGGGGGGUGGGAUCCCAUGAAUUGCUGAUGGAAUUAAGCCAUACUCCUCCUAGCAUAUAUACCAGUGGUUGACUUCAUCUAUGAUCUCUAGAUAGUUCAUCAUGCAUUGCAGACUACUUAUGGCUUCAGUUGAGUUGGGUCCUUCAGACUAACCUGCUCAUAUACUACUAUGAUCCGGAUGCAAUCUAUCUUAGCGUCAUCAAUUAGGGAUAAUCAAUGUAGUAUAGUAGUAGUGUGAUGUUGACUGCAUCUUAUCUGUGGGGCGAUCGAAUCGAAUUGCAGGAGCUACCGAACUAGUUCAAUGCCGAAGCUGCAUCUUUGUUCGUGGACGAUCGAAUCGAAUUGCACGAUAAAAUUGCAUCUGUUGUGUGUUUUAA